CAAGAGGCUUCUGCAUUCUUCGCAAUUUUGCAUAAGUUGCAUAAUAUCGCAUAGUUGUAAUAAAUUAUCUGGAAAUUGAACAUCAUUUAUAUUAUCUGGUUCUGAUGGCGCAGGUACGAAUUCUAGAAUCUGAAAUUCUGGAGGUGUCACAAUCGGAAAUUGUAUGGAAUUUUUUGAUGGUGGUGUAGUUGGUGGGGUUAUCGGUAUUCUGGAAGUCUUAGAAAUCUUUGGUUUUUUAUUACGGGCCAUAUUUCUCCAUGUGUCUUUCUGCGGCCAAUCUUGCUGCCGCUUCAUAUACUUCUACCACUUCUUUCGGCUCAUCGUUCCACAUUUUAGCUAUUUCUUUAGAACUGAAUCCUUUCAUUUUACGGCUUUUAUCUCUAAGAUAAAGAAUCCACGCAUUUUGGCGUCGUGGUAUAAUAUUGGUACCAUUUUUUUUAUUUCUUUUUGCGAGACGUGUAUUUUGAGAGUUAUUUAUAAGUUCUUCAUAUGUUAAAUUGAAUUUUCUAUAAUUCCUAACGAGUACUUCAUCCGUACUGAACGUUAUUGGAUUAUUUAUUGAUUGAUAGU